UCGGCGUUUUCAGGGGUAGGUGCGGCCGCGCGCGGUGCCAGGGAGGCCGGCGGCCGCCAUGGAGGUGAGCGGGCCGGAGGACGACCCCUUCCUGUCGCAGCUGCACCAGGUGCAGUGCCCCGUGUGCCAGCAGAUGAUGCCCGCCGCGCACAUCAACUCGCACCUGGACCGCUGCCUGCUGCUGCACCCCGCGGGGCACGCGGAGCCCUCGGCCGGGCCGCACCGCGCCGGGAAGGGGCCCUCGCCGCCCGGGGCGAAGCGGCGGCGGCUGUCGGAGAGCUCGGCGCUGAAGCAGCCCGCCACGCCGACGGCGGCCGAGAGCAGCGAGGGCGAGGGCGAGGAGGGCGACGACGGCGGCGAGACCGAGAGCCGCGAGAGCUACGACGCGCCGCCCACGCCCAGCGGCGCGCGCCUCAUCCCCGACUUCCCGGUGGCGCGCUCCGGCAGCCCGGCCCGCAAGGGCUCCGGCAAGAGGCCGGCGGCGGCGGCGGGGGCGGCGGCGGGCAGCGCGUCGCCGCGCAGCUGGGACGAAGCGGAGGUGCCCGAGGAGGAGGAGGCGGCGGGCGACGGCGACGCGGACGCGGAGGGCGAGGACGACCCGGGACACUGGGACACGGACGCCGCCGAUGCCCCGUUUGGCGCGGGCGCGGGCCGCGCGCAUCCCCGAGCGCUGGCGGCCGAGGAGAUCCGGCAGAUGCUGGAGGGCAAGCCGCUGGCCGACAAGAUGCGCCCCGACACGUUGCAGGACUACAGCGGGCAGAGCCGGGCCGUGGGGCAGGAGACCCUGCUCCGAUCGCUGCUGGAGACCACCGAGAUCCCCUCGCUCAUCCUGUGGGGGCCGCCGGGCUGCGGCAAGACCACCCUGGCUCACAUCAUAGCCAACAAUAGCAAGAAACACAGCAUAAGGUUUGUGACAUUGUCUGCAACAAACGCCAAGACAAAUGAUGUGCGGGAUGUCAUAAAACAGGCUCAGAAUGAAAAGAGCUUUUUCAAAAGGAAAACCAUCCUUUUUAUUGAUGAGAUUCAUCGGUUCAAUAAAUCUCAGCAGGACACUUUCCUUCCUCACGUGGAAUGUGGGACGAUCACCCUGAUUGGAGCAACCACCGAGAACCCUUCCUUCCAGGUCAACGCUGCUCUCCUGAGCCGCUGUCGGGUGAUUGUUCUAGAGAAGCUUCCGGUUGAGGCAAUGGUGACAAUUCUAAUGAGAGCGAUCAACUCACUGGGAAUCCACGUCCUGGACUCCAGCCGUCCCGCUGACCCUCUGAGCCACAGCAGCAAUAGCAGCUCCGAGCCCUCGGUGUUCAUCGAGGACAAAGCCGUGGACACUCUGGCUUACCUCAGCGAUGGCGACGCCCGGGCGGGCUUGAACGGACUGCAGCUGGCAGUGCUGGCCAGGCUAAGCUCUAGGAAGAUGUUCUGUAAGAAGAGCGGACAGACCUACUCCCCGAGCCGCGUUCUGGUUACGGAGAGCGAUGUGAAGGAGGGCCUGCAGCGCUCCCACAUUUUAUAUGACCGAGCAGGGGAAGAGCACUACAACUGCGUCUCCGCCCUGCACAAGGCCAUGCGCGGCUCGGACCAGAACGCCUCCCUCUACUGGCUGGCUCGCAUGCUGGAAGGAGGGGAGGACCCGCUCUACGUGGCCAGGAGGCUGGUGAGGUUUGCCAGCGAGGACAUUGGUCUGGCUGAUCCGUCUGCAUUAGCACAAGCCGUUGCUGCCUACCAAGGCUGUCACUUUAUAGGAAUGCCCGAAUGUGAGGUGCUUCUGGCCCAGUGUGUGGUCUAUUUUGCCAGAGCCCCAAAGUCCAUUGAGGUGUAUAGCGCCUAUAAUAAUGUCAAAAGCUGUCUGCGGAACCAUCAGGGUCCCCUGCCUCCAGUGCCCCUGCACCUGAGGAACGCGCCAACCAGGCUGAUGAAGGAUAUGGGAUACGGCAAGGGCUAUAAGUACAACCCCAUGUACAGCGAGCCUGUGGACCAGGAGUACCUGCCUGAGGAACUGAGAGGCGUCGACUUCUUCAAGCAGAGGCGGUGCUGACUCCAGCAAAGGCAGCAGACGGCUCCUUCUAUCCUGAGGAAGGCCCAAAGGGAAGAGUCACUGGGUCUUGGAGUUGAUUGCCUGGGGAAAAAUUAAAACAGACCAACAUUUUGUGCCAGAAAUUUAAGAGUUCCAUCGAUGGAGAUGGCUGCUUCAACUAAAUGUGUACCAUUGAAUCGUGUUCAUUCGCACCCUGUGCAAUGGUUAUGCUAAGAAAACAUCUGGCAGCUUUGUGCAAUUAAUUAAUGUUAUAAGGAAUUAUCUAUUUUGUCAUAGUAUUUAAGUCAUAAUGUCAUUUCAGAAUUCAGUUCAGUAGAUUUUCUUUUAAAAAAUGUAUAUUCUGGGUAGUUACAAUUGGUAAAAUAACGUAAUUGUGAUUUAAUACUGCAUAGUGUUUUGGGUAUUUUUUUUAUAUGCAAAGGUCUUAUGAACCAAUAAAACUAUUUCAAAGUA